GCCGCGGCGGCGAUAGAGUCAACAUCCGGCGACGCAGAGAUGCGCACGUUUCGGCGCUCGCCGAGGGAAAAGAGACGCCGCGAUCGUGACUUCGGGACAUGAGAGCGACGAUGAAGCCCGCCAGCCUGCACAGCAGCACCUGAGAAGCACAUUCGCUUCCAACACUACGUCCUACAAGAGAUUCGGCCGGUUUAUUUAGGAUUUACAUAGGUUCGAUCUUCGCUCCUAAAGUUCAUCCUCAAACGAUUGAGAGGCUAUCCUUUCUACCAACGAGGACAGAAUUGUUAAUCAUUCAUUGAUUUUUGGUGUGGGGACAUUACCGUUAAUACUAAGAGCAUUCAUCUUUCUUGUGUUUUGCCCUAAGAGGUUCUCGACAUCCCUAGUUCAGGACACGAGAACCAUGUCAUCAGGCGCAGGUUCCAGUGGAACUGGCCGGGGGCGUGGUUCAUCACUGGCAGACAAUAAGCCAGAGAGCAAGGAAGCGAAGCCAAAUCCAAAGAUGUCUAAAGCUUUAGGAACAUCCGCCAAAAGGAUACAAAAAGAAUUGGCAGAAAUCACAUUAGACCCACCACCAAAUUGCAGUGCAGGACCUAAAGGAGAUAAUUUAUAUGAAUGGGUAUCAACAAUACUUGGACCUCCUGGUUCAGUUUAUGAAGGAGGAGUAUUUUUCUUAGAUAUACAUUUUUCUCCGGAAUAUCCUUUUAAACCUCCAAAGGUUACAUUCCGAACGCGCAUCUAUCACUGUAACAUCAAUAGUCAGGGUGUAAUUUGUUUGGAUAUAUUAAAGGAUAAUUGGUCGCCUGCCCUUACUAUUUCGAAGGUUUUAUUGUCCAUCUGUUCUCUUUUAACAGACUGCAAUCCAGCGGAUCCUUUAGUUGGAAGUAUAGCAACGCAGUAUCUACAAAAUAGAGAAGAGCACGAUCGUAUAGCACGGCUUUGGACUAAGCGUUAUGCUACAUGAAUAACUUUCUGAAAAAAGCUAUCCUCCUCGUUUCUUCAAACCGAAGAACGGCCACUUAA